AAAAAUCGCGAUCCGGCAGUUGGUCUUGAAAGAAUGCAAUACGCGGACGUAUCAUGAUCGUACGUAUGAGGUCGAAUUGUUCUGUAGCGAUUCCGCUUGUACCGAUACUUGUAUGCUAACAAUUUCGAAUCUUCAUUCACUGUAACGAGUACGCGUAAUAUUAAGAAACAAGUAAAUCUUUACACGCCGAUAUACGUUAAUACUAACGACAGUGGCAAUUAUACAACUGUGACUUCGUGUACGUACAGAGAAUCGCUAAAGCAUUACAAUCGACAAGAAAAGUGCGUGUACGUGAGUGAAUAGAGUGCCUCAACCCUGAUCUCCGCGCCCUUCUGAAUCGUUGACAGUAGUCAUCGUGAUUUUCUGCGAACGAUUCUAUCGAUGACGUGCCGUGGACCAGUCUACGAGAACACAAAAGUGUUGCAUGCUGCGUGUUAGGGCAAGAAACAAGGGCCUAUACUAUCGCGUUUUAACCAUUGAGGUGGGCUGCACCGACGAGGCUGUGGACGUUCCUAGAUUGGCGGGUAUAGAUUCCCCAAGCCCUUACUCCGGGACCAGAGUCGAGAGCGGUUCUUCGAUGAAGACAUCAGUGACAUGGAGACGGCGCUGUGGGACGCUUCGUGCGUGGAGAAGACCGGAGAUGAACGCUGCCCAUGCGACGGCUCCAUGUCGGUUCAACAGGAGGGAGCCUACACUGUGGGAGGAGGCUACUGUCGUGCCGGAUGCCAAGGAGCGCGAUGUACUCGGAUUUAAGAAGAAGGAGCGUAUCAUCAGCCGUAGUACAAGCACGAGGGGGGCAAGAGUGAGUGGGUGUCGGUUCCUAUGCUCGGGAAAUUGAAGACAAAGGAUAUGACAACGCGCAUCCUCCGGUCUCACACCACACCGGGGGAGAGGUCUCGUGUUAUUGAUCCGUGCCAAGUGAAGGAGACUAGCGACACCCCGGCGGGGGCGGUUGCGAACGAGGUUCCUGAGGUGGACACAGCUCCCGAGAUUGUACCGUCCGAGAUGGAUAGCUUCGUGAGGGCGCUUAUAUUAAGCGCAAACGCUUCCACGCACGCUUUACUACCUGUUCUUCUCCGUGGCUGGCGAAGCGUGUAAGGAUGUGGACACAACUCAGAACUGGCAUGCGGAGUACCCCCAUACUUCCUUGUAUGAUAUAAUGAACGGGCCGGCCCUCUUACCGAUCCAACAAAAUGGGCUGGCUGGCAGCGGCUGCUGCGGCCCACAAUAAAGAACAACAUGCUAUAAAUGGAAAUAUAAAUACCGUCUUGUCCGCAUAAUUUAAGGCGGCGGACCAGUACGCAGUGUAUCGGGCGGCGUUUUGGGAUAGACAAAGAGUGCAAAUAGACCGACUCACCAACGAUGCCGAUCUGAUUAGACAAGCCUGUGCCGGGAGCCGAUGAAUUCCACAACGUGCUGACCAACGUAGCGACAGUGCACCAAUUCGUCGGAGUGGCGCAGGAUAAGAUGGGGCGGCUCGGGACUGGAGAGCCUGAUGUCAGGCGAAGGGAGCCAGAUCCGUCUUCAGAGGGGAGCGUAGCGGGCAGCAUCAUGAGCUCGCCUCGGGCGGGCCCUUCGAGCAUUAGGACUGCGGGAGGUGGGCCAGUGGUCGUCAGUGACAUUGCCCUUAGACCUAGAGAUUCCGACGACACAGUCGCUCGGGAGAUUAAGGCCGCCUAGUCGAUGCCUGAGGCGGCCAUAGGAGCUGACAAGAGCCGGAGGGAGGCGGAUAAAGCCGAAACCGCCAGACACGUUAUACGUGCGGUGGUGGACCUCGAUGAAUUCACCCCGCUGAUGGUAACAAUCCCCGAGGGCAAUAGGGGCCCGAUCCUGGAGAUGUGCGCUCAGAUUUCACGGCGACUGAAGUGGGUAGGGGUUGGGCGGCAUUCAAAUAUGCGACUGGGAGGUUGGAGUUGCCCAUAUCCAGCAAGGCACCGUUGACUUACGGCCAAAUCAUUGACUACCCCUACCUGUCGGAGCUCCUUCUUCGGUUUGCGUCCCUCUCAGAGAUGGGAGAUAUACGGGUCUUGACCUUGAAGGUUGCCCUUAUGGAUAUGCAACGGGAGCCCAGCGGGGUGGAGUGAGCCGGGGCAAGGACGAACGUGCCGCAGCGUGAUAUCAUCGACCUGUCAAGUUUGGGCCAAUGGCACUACGACGCAAUCUUUGUUAACUGUGAGGCUAUCGAAUACGCGGUGCUGAACGUGGGGAGGUUGCCCGUUGGGACGGAAGGGGACUACUGGAGAAUUCAUGAGGCGGCGACCACCAUUAUCAGUCUGUCGUCAAACACGGGACCAUACAAUAUGGGUCGCACUGUGUGGAUAUUGGCGCAUCUCACCUACCCUUUGGCGUGGGUGCUGGAAUACUUCAACAUGGCGCGGUUGGGGAGGGAUGCGCCUAUGUAUGAGGUCCUCUGUCAUACGGCAGGCUUAGUCGAUAUUCAUUCGACGAUAAGACAUCUGAUAUUCGUCAUCCUGACGAAAACCGAGACAAGUGUCUCUGUCGGGGGAAGGUGUUACCCGAUUGGUACGGUUGACCAAGACUUGAUGUUGCCUGAUAACCGGCGUCCCCAGGAAUGGAACUUGGACGAGCAGAUCUCAGUGAUGCUGAGACAGGCGUUGAACUGCAGAAAUUCCCUCCGUCGGGAAUUCAAGGAAUUUAUUCGGCCCAUGGUGCCGGGCGGGAUCAACUGGCUCGAGGUGGACUCGCUGAUUAACGUGCUUACCUUGCGAUACUGCCAGCGGGUCGAGGGGGUUCAUCGCGCGCAGGACGACGACACCCCGUAUCACCACAUAACGUAUGACUCAUGCUCGGAUUAUCCGGUGUACUCGCAAGAGCAUGCGCAUCAGUCCCCGAUUCUGAUGAUCGGGGCAUGGAAGAACUGGGCGAAGCUCGGUAUUACGACGAGACUGGCAUACUAUUAUUUGCACAAUACGGAGAACGCGCAAAACGUUAGUUUAAACGGCGUUGCGAGCCGCGUUAGAACUUUGGAAGAAGAGGGUGUAUCUUCUGGAUACGGUGAUGUGCCCCCUGGGCGAAUAGAACUGUGAGUGGUCCGAGGUGAUUGAGAGCCGCAAGCCCGGGACUGGGGCAUGUGUUCUGGAUAUGGCCUAUUCCAUGAACGGGCCUAUUGUUAGGUAUAGCUGGAGGAUUAAUACCAUGCUAGGAGCCAAUGGCUCUACCAUUACGGGACAGCGGCUCAGUUCGGGUCAGUGGCGUCAGAGCGGAGAGGACAACAGGAAGGCAAAGUAUAUCCUGAACCAUAACAUUGGUAGCUGAGCAUAUGACAAGCUGCACCAGGGGUACACGCUUGGGGAUAGCUGUUAUGGGCUCGAGUACGCGAUGUGUCGCAUUAACCUCACUGAACAUGCUUGGGAUGUUAUCUAUCGGGACCAGCAAAGUGGUGACGAGUCGCCGGGAGUGAGUUUCUGUGUGGAUAACAGUUGGGGAGCAAUUUUAGCGUCGGGACUUGGAAUACGUGACUCGGCGGACCCGCGACUCCCGCCGAAGACGUGGAGCUGGGGAAUCAGGUCGUGCGUGAAGGACUAUGUCAAGAGCCAGCUCAGAACCCUACACGGUGUUCCUGACCGAUGAAAAUUGAAACAUCCCAGGAUAUGACGUAAAUAUUAGUAUAAAGAGUAACGGAGAACGGCACCAUGAAGAAGAAUCUCACGCCGUAGUGCGAUGUUAGUCACACAGACACCCUCCUCGACGGACAAUCUGCCGAAUAUGCUGCCGGUACUCGAGGAGGAGGCGGAUGUCGAUGUCGACGACGCAUUCCCGCCGCAUGUCGACACGACGAAUAUCGUCAUACAGCCAGAGUCGCCCACCAGCAAGAAGCAAACGCUGAAGACCUUCAACGAGGUCAAUGCGCUUCUCCAGGCCGGCAGAAAGAGGGAGGCUAAGAUGAUCAUAAGGGAAAACGCGUGGCCAUUGAACAACGGGAUCAGAGCGCAAUUGUGGCCAGCCCUUUGCAACCAACAUGCACAUGGAAAGAACAUGCUCGAUGGAUUCUAUUGGGACAUGGUCAAUCAAGUAUUUGGAACUACAGAGCUACCGGAAAAAUCAAUCAUGCUACCACCGUUCGUGGACAGCACUCAUUGCCUGUCGUACCACCUGACGAGAAAAGGCAGGAGCGUUGCGGACAGGAUUGUGUCUGUGCUGGGAUACGCUUGUCCUGAUAUCACCUACAGUCCUUCUCUUUAUCCCAUCACGGCUCUUCUACUUCACUUUAUGCCAGAGGAGGAGUGUUAUCAUUGUAUGGCCAGCUUGGUCGCCGCUAAAGACAAGAUGUUCAUUACGCAAACGAAACUCCUCUACGAGGUUACCUGGAAAACCGUCGAGCAAAUCACUAAAAAGCACGUGAAAUCAGCAGCGGUACAUUUGGCGAGGCACUGUUCUGGAUCGAGAGCAGAAAGAAUUUACAUGGAUUGGAUGUGGUGGAUUUUGCAGCUUCUUCCUUUCCAGCAUUUAGUCAGGGUCAUGGACUGUUUUCUUCACGAAGGCAUCAAGGUCUUCUAUCGUGUAGCAAUGGCUAUAGUUUUAUUAUUCUAUAAGCAUUCAUCGCUGCAAAACUCUGAAUGGAUGAACGAAAUUUCGAAAAACGGUAUUGACGCUGCUCUGUCGAAGUUUUGCAGACAAACACCGGUAACGCCAGCUAAAUUUUUACGUACAGCAUUUGGGAUACGUGGACUCAGCUCAGCAUACAUAUCAAGGGUAUUUUUACGCACAGAAAUGGCUCUAAAAAGUAAAAGUGUUAUAUCGGGAUCCAAAUCAUUGGCUAGAUCACGAUCCACAGAUAAUUUGCCGACGAGUCAGUCUCAAGUCAACAUUCAGAUGAUGUCGCACACGCUCACGAUACGAGAAAAAGAGUGUGAAGACACAUACAAAGACAGGGGUGCACACAGUCCUGGACCGCGUGCUCUGUCAAUGGGGGUUUAUCCCAUACAAAGCAUAUGCUCCCAGAUUCUAGACAUGCCUGAUUUAUUCACGUUAUGGUCCUGGUUGCCUAUGCGGAUCACCAUGUAUCAACCAAUCCUAUUGUAUACAACAGAAGAGCAUGGUUGUUCUUUGACAACAUUUUAUGUAAGGGUAGAACAACAUGAACCAACCCUCUUAAUGAUAAAAACAUGUAACAAUGAAGUAUUUGGUGCCUAUUGCUCCACAAGAUGGUGUGAACGUAACUUGAAAAAUGAUAAAGGACAAAGACAAGCUUAUUUUGGGACAGGUGAAACUUUCUUAUUCAGCUUGUAUCCUGAACGAGCAAAAUACCCUUGGGUGGGUAUGGAUUCUUCGCACAAUGAUUCUAAAGUCCAUCAUUCAGCUGAACUGUUUAUGGCGGCAGAUUCAAAAAUGAUAACAAUUGGAGGAGGAGACGGUCAAGCGAUAUGGAUGGAUGAAAAUAUAAGAUUCGGUAAAACAGAUCGGUGCUCUACAUUCAAUAAUCCACCCCUUUGUGCCAGCGGCGAUUUUGAGAUUAGGGUACUAGAAGUAUAUGGAUUUGCUGGUGCUUGAAAAGAAGACAGAAUUUGGCACUACAACGUAUCAGCUUAUUUGAUUCCCUACUGCCAUUUAGCGACUCUCUUCUAUACAUAUAGUGUCGUAUACAUUAUAUACAAGUAUCUUCGUAUCGUAUAUGUGCAAAAUUAUCGCGCUUUUCUAGUCGCGGUAUUUGUGAUGCAUCUUCAGUCGUUUGCGGAAUACUAGUAUUAUUAUAUGUGCAUGUUUCAUUGUUGAGACGCUCUAAGAGGUUCUGUACCGAUUGAGAUUACAUAGAUUUAUCUCCUUCGUUUUAUUACGCUUGUUUGUUCGAUUAUUUGUCUCGACGUUUACAACAAUAAGACGAUUUCUACGUUUAUUGUGUCGCGAAUUCUCUAGCAGGACAUAGGAUGAUAUGAAAUGGUUGCUAACGCAUGCGACAUGGUGAACAUCGACAAUAAUCAACGUUAAGUCAUCUUUAGUUAUGUUACAAAUCUUGAUAUCUAACAUGUACAUAUGUAAGAAAUGAUUGAUUAUUUACAUGAAUACUUAAUAUUCAUUGGACCAGAUGCUGUCAAUAUAUAUAUACAUAUGCUGCAAAUUAAUUUAACGGAAUCUAUUGUUAAUUUUGCAGUUUAACAACAAUGCUCGUAUACGUAUAUGUGUUAAUGCCUUGCAAUGUUUAUUUACUUUAGUAUUGUUACAACUAGCUUUAAUGAAUUGUUGGAUGUAGGAGCGAGACAAACGAAGGAAAGAGUACUGUUUAUAUGUUACAUAUUGUGUCUGUCACGCGUUGAUCGUAUAUGUGUAUAUAUACACUACAUACAUAUAAUAUGUAUGUUAAUCUCAUAUUAAUUUCUUGUAAAUAUUAUAAAUAGUGCCCCUUGCGCAAGUAGACACACAAGCAACACAAUUCAUACACAUUCAUAUAUACAUUAACUUUAGUCGAUUCAUUCCACACUGACAUGAACGUGUGACGAUGAAGGAUGGAGUGCCUAAUCGUUUGUAUUAUACACGCAUUUUCAUUAUUGUCAGAUGAAUCAACUAAAUUUAUUGUAUGUACAUUGACGAAUAUCGACCCAGCGUUGUAAGAAAGAAAACGAAGAAAUAUAUUAAUGGCAGGGGGCGAAUGGUACUUUGAACAACGAUAAUGCCUUUUAUUUUUUAGAGAUGAUUACGUUUGAAGAAAAGGGAACGAAAAUAUUGGUUAAAUCGCGUGAAGAUUGACCUGUUUUUUAGAGUGAAAUACGAAAAGCCAUAGUUUUCAUGUAGUAUAUUAAGGAUUUGUAUAUUUUAUAUAGAAUCAUGUCGAUAGUAAGAUAACAACUAGUACCAGAUAUUGAAACUAUAUAUACAGAGGAACAGUACGAUGAUUCUUUCGAUAUACUUUGUCGAUACACUCUUCGGGCAUUCUGAUGAAACGUACUAGUGUUACUAUCGUUAUUCUUUGUCUCUUUUUGUGAUCAAAUCUGUAUCGAUGUUGUACGAUACAUGAUUAAUUCUUAGAGUACCUGCUUCUUUGUUUAGUUUCUUGUUGUUACUUCUUUUUUCCUUUUUCCUCUUUUUUUUUUCUUUUUUUUUUGAAUGAAAGGGAAAGAUGAAGAGUGAAAUUGAGCGUGCAUGGAAAAACUGAAGGUGUCGAUUUUAGAUUCCUUGGUUGUGAUGUAAAAGUGGCUGGUACCACUUUUGUCCGAGUGACAAUACAUAAUUAUAAUGUUUGUGUAGGAGGAUUAUGUAUCUUUCACCCCCCGUCAUAUUAUCAACUGUAAAAUAACGCAACAAACAACAUGUGGAAAAUGUGUGCGUUAUUCUUGAUAUGGCUACGCGUUAAGGAGGAACACUCAAAAGCAUUAGAAAAAAGGAGCCUAAGAAGAAACGUUUCGUACAUCGGCUGAGUCACCUUUUUCAGUUUUACAUUAAUAUAAUCAAUCACGUUAAUUAGUUUUCUUACAUCGACUCUUUAUACAAUCGUGCGAGACGCAAAUGCAAGAAUGACCUAGCAACAUAACAAAGAACAAUCAACAUAUUAUACACGAUGAUAUUGAAUUCAAUUUUAAAUAUAAUCAGUGUUAUAAUAUCGAAUUUAACUGCUGAAUCGUUUUCUGAAAUUUGUCUAACAUCAACGAGAUAGUUCAUAGUGGAACAAAAUAAUAACGAAUCACGUUCACUUUCCAAUGUUUUGUAAAUCUACGAUGGUACUCUCAUGGUUCACACGAAGUUAGCGAAAGUAAAAGAGUACACUGCUGAUCUCAACGAAAAGAUACACUACAAUAGGAUAGCGUAAAAAAUGUAUGUGUUUUACAUUACCAGAAAUUUUAUUACGCUAUCAGAACGGAGUUGGGUUACUCAGUUUAAACGUAAGAGGUAUCAUAUUGAAAGAUACUCGAGUGUAUUUAGGACGAUUUAUUAUAAUUUUAAAGAUAUAUAGUUACAUUUCUCAAAAGUGUGAAACGUGAAAUUGGGGUUAGGUUGGGGUUCACGAUUGGAAGAAAGAAAUAAAGCAAUCGAUAGAAUUUAUGUGUCUUACAAACACAAUGCGAGUAAAAGUGCAUUUUUGUACAACACGUGAGAAUAGUUGAAGAAAGGAGAAUUUGUAUAGAGUUUAGAGUGUAUAGAGUUUCGUACAGUUAAAUUAUUGCAUUAUUAGUUUAUAUUUAUACAAUUCAUAUACAAUCCAUAUGUUAAUUGUUUAAAUCAAAGUUUGGGUUUCUACAUUACAGAGUCCUUUUUUUAACUAUUCCAAGGUUGUUACCAGGAACGUUAAGGGUUGCAAAUGCUGCUAGUACGAUUAUCUUUUUUUUCUUUUGUGAAAUUAUAGUCGCGUGAUAACUGAAUGAGUGAAUAUUUAUUUAUUGUGUAUUCGUGGUCGAGAGAAAGGUAAUAAUAAUGUGCAGACAAUGGAAAGUAUUAUUAUUCAAAUUUUCUAACAUAGCACAGCAUAACAUUAAUUUACGUUAGUGAGUAAUAUAUAUAUAUAUAUAUUAUACAUAUGUAUAUAUAUAUAUGCAUAUAAAUAUAUUACAGAUAUACGUACAUACAUACAUAUAUACAUAUAUUCAUAUAUAAAUAUAACUAUGCCUAUAAACGAUGAGAAAAGAAAAAUAAACGUAAUUGAAUGGAGUGUUUUCAAGCUUUCCGCAGUGUUGUUAUAUUAUAAAUAUAUAUAUAUAUAUUAUAUUAUAUUAUAUUAUAUAUAUUAUAUAUAUAUUAUAUUAUAUUAUAUAUAUAUAUAUAUAUAUAAUGUAAGUUAUACCGUUCCCGAAAAAGAAGAUUGUUGCCUCUUGAUGCUACUUUAUCAUAUCAUCGUUGUGAAUAGAAUAUUGUUAUACACGAAUUUAUCGUCCCACUUACUGUUCCUUCCAUUUUGAGAAGGAUAUCUUACACACACACACAUGUGACAUUCUUUAUUAUAUAAAUAUACUGCAUGUGACCCUAAAAAAGCCAACAUGUAAAACUAAAGUAUAAAGAAAAGUCUAUUUAAAAGCAUCCCAUAAUCCUAUAAAUUGUCAUAAAUGAGAAACAAAUACAAUUGCUUACGUUCGUACAGAAAAAAUUACUAUAAUUUUGGACUAUGAAUUUUAAUAAUGUGUGAUAAUUUAACAAAAUUUUCGGAACUUUGACAAUCAAAAAUAAAAUAAAAUCAAUUGCACUUUGGAAAAUUUAUAGUAGCUGAAAUAAUUCUUUUAAAAGUAAUGUCAUAUAAACAGUGCGCUAUUUUAAGAUCGAAAAUAGUUAUUACAAAUUAAUAUUUUUAUAAGUAAUCGUUCAAAAUUAACGUAUGCAAUGAAAGUUUAAUGGUUUCCAUUGUUAACACUUUCUAAAGCAUCUAUUUAUAUAUUCUUUAGAAAUAUUUUACAAAAUUUUCAACAUCUUCAAAUUUUUAUAUUAAAAAUUCUUUGAUGAGAAGAUAUAGGAAAUUGUUCAUUUUUAAAAUUAGUCAUUAAACUAUUGUAAUAUGAAAAUUUUUAUCAUAUUCAUAAUUUAACACCAACCUUACCAUAUCCGGUCAAAUGGCUGAUAUUAAAAUUUAAUUUAAAAUUGUACAUUCAUUGUUAUUUCUUUUGUUCAUCCAAUUUCAUGUAAAUUAUUAUACUAACAAAAAUUGAGAAACUGAUUAAUCAGGUAAUGUAAGAAUUUAAAGUUCAGGUAAAGUUAGAUGAACAAAAGAAAUAACAAUGAAUAUACAAUUUUAAAUUAAAUUUUGAAACCGGUCAUUUGACCGGACCUAGUAAGGUUAAUAUUAAUAGUACAUUCUUAUAUUUUUCAAGCACUAUCACGAUCAGAAAAUGUGAGUCUAAAUUUUCAUUCAUUACAGUGUUCUUACUAUCUUAAUUAAAAAGAGCAACUUGAAAAAAUUAUGAAAUAUUUCUGGAUCAUUUGAUCAACGUGUAUCCAUUAAUUGCAAAUUAAUCUCAAAUUUUCUCAGAAAUGUUUUUCGUACAGUGACUCAACCGUUGUACAGUGAUGUAAGUAGGGAUAACAGUUGUACGGCGUUCACGCAACAUCUUCAAGCUACAUCAUGUGUAGUUGAAAAGUCACCAGUAUUGUUCGCGCUGUGUUCCCUACAAUUUCGAUGGUGCGUCGCGCGUUCCCCGUAUCUUUCGAUCAUCUAUAGCUUCUUUUUAAAUUGUACAACAAUCUAAUUGACGUAAAUAGAUUCACGAAUUCUAAAAAAGGGAAAAAUAUGAAUUGUCUGUCAUAGACAGCGUAAGCUUCUAAUAUAGUGUGUUCGAUAAAGUAGUGAUUAAAUGUACAAACUACGAAAGUGUUUGGAACCGAUUUCACACGUAAACUGUAAUCGUACGAACAACCGUCAAGAAAAAUAGCUAUAAAUCUCUGUACUUCGUUAACAUUCAAGGUAACGAUAUAUAUAGCUUCUUGUUGAAACACUUGCAAAUAAUUAAUUGUCAAUAAAAAUAAAUAAAUAAAAUUUUAUGUUAGCCAAUAA